CUGGUUACAAAUAUUUAUUAUGGAGGAGUGUCCUUGGUGGGUCCGUGCGUGUAACAACAUGAGAGCACGAGGGGCUAAGGAGGUUGAGGUGGCCUAUCCAGCGACAUCUGUUUGCACCUUAUUCAGGCACAUUGAUCCCCACCAAAUCCCGUUUAAGUUUGGAGGAUUGAGUAUACUCCCAACUGAUAUCUCUGUGGGUCAUAACUCGUCCAUGCUAGCUCUGAAACCUGGGGAAGACAAAUCCAUUGAGAUCACAUGUGAACAGGCAUGUACAGUUCACUUCCUGUUUAGAUCAAGUGGAGUUCCCUUGAGUUAUCAGAUAUCACUCAUACCCGGAACUUUUGAGUGGAUAAAAGAAGAUCAGACAACUUUUGUACCAACCGGCGAUGAUGGUGCUUUGAUUAGAUUUGAACGAAGGUGGGCAUAUUGUGGUGGUCUGACAACAGAGGUGGUGAAGGUGAAGCGGCCUAUUAAAGUUGUAUGCUCCAUUAGGAAUUCCAUCGACCAGGAAUCUUCUUUUUUUCUUUUCAAGUAUCAUGUUGUUUUCUGAAUUUUUAUUGCAAUUUUUACAUUUUGUUUAUCAAGAUGUAAGCAC